AAAAUUUUACAUGAAUUGAUCGCAUCUUGACUUUGCCCGGAAUAUACAACAAAUCUCUUUGUGACUCCUUGUUCAAUCUUUAGUAAUACUUACUGAGAUCUAAAAUUUGAGGGUGAAAAUCGAUAGUCCUACUACACUUUCAGCAGAGGUUACAAUUCGUCACAUAGACAGCUUUGUCAUUUCCUUCUAUAUUCGAAAGCUUUGGGAACUAAAGUACAAAAAUGGGAGAGACGAUGCGUGCAAUUGGUAUCAAGAAUGGGUCUGGCCCUGCCGAUGCUCUCUUUGUGGACACCAUACCCAAACCUGUUCCCAAAGGUUCUGAGGUAAUUGUAAAGGUCAAAGCAUUCGGAUUGAACCGUAUGGACCUGUUACAGCGGGAAGGCAAAUACCCCGUGCCAUCACAAGCACCAGCUACAAUGGGCGUCGAGUUUUCCGGCAUCAUCGAGAGUCGGACAAACGAGGAUGCCGAACGGUCAUUCAAAGUGGGCGACGAGGUUUUUGGACUAGCAUAUGGCGGCGCCUAUGCUGAGUACGUUGCUGUGUCUACACAUAUGUUACUCCACAAACCGAAAUCUCUCUCAUGGGAGCAAGCUGCAGGCAUCCCAGAGACGUGGAUAACAGCCUCGCAAGCCAUGUAUCUCGUGGGCGAAUACAGCCGAGGGAAGUCCAUCCUCUGGCACGCUGGAGCCUCUGCCGUCUCUAUUGCAGGAAUUCAACUGAGUAAGGCUGACGGGGCGUCUGCCAUCUACGUGACGGCUUCGUCACAGGAGAAGAUUGACUUCUGUGUGAAGGAGCUCGGCGCUACCGGCGGAUUUAAUUAUCGGUCAGGAGACUGGGCACAGGCUCUUCUCCAGGCGACCAACGGAAAAGGGGUAGAUAUUAUCGUCGAUCCAGUCGGACAGAGCUACUUCCAGCAAGAUCUCAUUGCCGGUGCGAGGGAUGGGCGCAUCGUUUCUUUGGGCAUGAUGAGUGGUACCAGGACAGACGGACCGGUGGAUAUUGGACUUUUUGUCGCCAAACGCCUGCGUUUUGAAGGUAGUACUCUUCGAAGUCGCGACGAAGCUUAUCAGGGCCGUCUCAGAGAUACGUUGCAAGACCACGCGUUGCCGAAAUUUGUUGAUGGCAGUUUCAAGGUUUAUAUUGAGAAAGUUCUCCCCUUUGAGAGGAUUGUCGAGGCGCAUAAAUUGAUGGAAAGCAAUCAGACAAGGGGGAAAAUCAUAUGUACUGUUGACUGAAUCUGUGUGAUUUGGUGUUGUUCUUAUAAAUGAUAUUUAUGUUUGUCAAGAUACUGAGGUGCUUGACAUAAAAUGAAAGUAUUCCAUAUUUCGUGUUAUGUUUUAUUCGUCACGCAAUAUAUUAAUCUGUAUUGUUUUUUUCAACAUCGAAAUUGCCAUUUCCCUGAUACCUAUGGAAACGUACUGG